AUGGAUAGUGAACACAAAAGAUCUGCUAUUGUUUCCGAAGAGGACUACUCGGAAAAGCCUGCAGGCUACGUUCCCAGAGACUCUGCAUCCUAUCAGAGCAAAAAACCCCAGUACAGAAUCAGCACCCAAGCUCGAACUGACCCGAAGAAAGUUGACAUGGAUAAAAAGAAGAAAAAGAAAAGAGAGGACUUGGAUGCCAAGCCAGAGAAAGCAGAGCCGCAAAUAAUUAUCCCAGCAAAAAGAGAGAGGAAAGGAUUCCAGCUGAUGUUUGUCGAUGGGUCCGAGCUAACUGAGACAGUUGUAAAGGAGGAGCUGAAGAAACACCAUAUCAUAACAGACACCCCCGCCAGUGAAGAAGCGAAAGAGAAAGAAGACACUGAGGUAGCAGCCAGUGAAAGAGAGAGCGAAGGUAAAGCAGGGAUCUCCAAAGCCCAUGGAGAGCACACAGAAGGAGCGAAAGGAGACUCUGCAGUUUCUUCAGAACAGAGCCUAAAGGCAGCAGAGAAGGAAAGCACCCCCGAGCAGAAGGAAGAGCCUGCAGCUAAGGCUCCUAAGCCAGAAGAGCCUGUUGUAGCGCCAAUUAACUACGAAAUAGUGAAUGGAGUGCCCACGGGAACAGACCCAACAACGGGAGAGAAGCGAGCAGCGUGGAGCACAGACGCAAUGAGCAUGAUGCGAGCCAAUCUGUUCCAGAGCAGCAAGCCGCCUAUUACAUCAAGCUCCAGAGCAUCUGCCCAGUCUCCCCGCAUAAAAAAGAAGAUUGCAGAAAAAUCAGUUGAAAAGACAGCAGAAAAGACGGAGAAAGAGGCAGCCAGCAAGUUGGUAAAGGACAUUCAGAAGAUGAAGAUAAAGACAGCAGAUGCGCCUCUGGAGAAGGUAGAGGAGAAGAGAGCUCUUCCCAGUGAAGUACCUGAAAUGGCGCCUGUAGAAGAAGUGGAUGUGAAGAGUUCAGAAAAGAGCCAGCCAGAAGCACUGGAGACAGUCAGCCAGCAGGCAGAAGAAUCACCCAGCACUCUCCUCUUCAAAUCACUCGAGCACGAGGAAAUAGUAGCACUUCCCAUUGUGUACUCAAAGGAGCAGCUUAUGUCGUACAAGAAGUUCUCUGACAGCAUCCUAACAACCAUCGACAAAUCUAUUUUCAACAAGUCCGCGAUGUUCAGCAAGAAAAAGAAAGAGUUCAAAACCUUCAAGAUGGGGAGCUUCAAAGACCCCAAGAAAUCAGCUCCUGUCACAGUGUUUGCAAGCAUUGAGCCGUAUGUUGCUGAGUUUAACUUGGCUCUGAAUCAGGUGUGCCAGAACAACAUUGAAGAAGUAGCUAAGAGAAUACUUGCGAUCAAAGUCCCCACAGAAGAGGCGAUGAUUGAGCUGUCAACGGCAUUCUUCAACAGAGCAAUGCAGGAGCAGGCAUACACUGCCAUAUACGCAGCCCUAGCAGAGAUGAUCCAGAAGAAGUUUAGGUCAGCUACAGAGGACUCAUACGACGAAGAGAAGUACGAAAAAGACAAAGAAAAAGACGCGAACAAAGAAAGGAAGCCUCGCAGUAGGUUGUCAGUCUUUGGGAAGACUCUUGCCAUGCUCUCCAAGAACGAGUUUGAGUCGCAGAGAUCCUGGGCAUCAGACCAGUCAGAACAAAAAGCCGUUAGCAUGUCUGCUGAAAAACUAGCUGAAAGAGUUAUGGAGAUAAGCAGCAACAAAGAGAAAGAGUACGAGAGAAUGAACGUAAAGAAGAAGGCAAUUACAAUAGUAAGAUUUUUGAUAGAGCUGUAUCUGCAGGGAUUCUUCACGGACACGAUCAUGCACUCAGCCACGGACUACCUCACGGAAGCAGACACCCCAGAGAAUGUAGAGAAGAUGUGCUACAUCCUGAAGCACGCAGGAAAGAGGCUCGACCAGGAGGUGAACAGAGAGCACGUUGAUAAAUACAUGUGCUGGCUCGAAAGGGUCUCUGAAGGCCUCAGCUCAAGGUACAGGUUCAUGGUAGAGGACAUUAGAGAGCUCAGAGAGAACAACUGGUGUCCAAAGGACGCUAGAAAGGCAUCGGUGUCAGACGACGAGGACGGAUGGAAGAGCAGCAAAACAAAAGAAAAGAAAAAGUUCGUUAAGGAGAAGGAAAGAGCGAAGAAAGACAUAAAGCCACAAAAAGUGUCAGAAAUGAUUGAGUCCCAGGAGGACGAGUAUAGAAGGAUGGAGUCUGCUGUUGUGUCUACCCUCAAAAAGGCAAAAGACCUCUUUUCUGCUGCAGAGCAGGCCAGGCGGCUUGCUGCAGAGCAGGGGAGCAAUGCAAUGUUCUUUGCUGCGCUUAUUAAGAUAACCAUCGAAGGCUACGGAGACACGCUGUCCAACGGCAUGGAGCUCGUGAAGGAGUGGAUCAGAGUCUCGCCAGUGGCCCUGCAGAAGAAAGACGAAGUAUUUGAAUACAUAGACGAAAUGAUGCCAGAUCUAGUAGAUGACUCGCCCAAUGCACCAGCCCACUUUGAAGCGCUCAAGAAAAUCAUUCACAAAUAA